AUGGCUGCGUGUGGAAAGAUGGCUGUUCUGGAUAAAGUCAUCCUGGUCCUGGCUCUCCGCUGGGCUUUGACAGCUGGUGACGACAGGUGGGAGGCGUUCUCACAGCCGGGGUGGCAGCAUGGAGCACGUGCAGACCAGGAGAACAGCAUCAUCGUGCUGCUGGCGCUGCGCCAGCGGAAUCUUGAUCUGCUAGAGAGCAGGGCCAAAGCAGUUUCCGAUCCCGGAAAUCGGGAAUAUGGCCGGUACCUGGAGAGGGAUGAGAUUUAUGGCAUCUCCGGGCCCUGGAAAUAUGAUGUGGACCUUGUCAAAAAGUUCUUUGCCCCACAUCCGGGAACCCUACAGUUCUCCUAUGGCGGAGAUUUUGCCCGAUACACAUGCACGAUACGCUGCAUUGAAAAGGUGUUCAAUACGAGCUUGACGAUACAGAAAGGCCCUGUGGCUCCUGGCACCACUCCCAUCCGCGCAUCGGAGCCAAUCCGACUGCCAGCUGAAAUGCAAAGAGCGCUGGAAGGCACAUCGCUGAAUGCACCCCUCUUCAUGCCGCCUCACCCAACGCAGCGCACGGAGUCGGCCUUCAAGUACCCCAAGUCAGGUCGAAAAGCCCCGAGGGUGCGCCCCUUCCUCCUUGCUGGGGACCAGUUUGUCAGCAUCCACUUUGUUGCGUACUGCAAAGAUCACUUCGUGAAUCAGGACAGCAUUGAGGAUGGCGUUUGCACCAGCAGCCCCCAUUCUGUUCUGAUCACCGCUUUUGACAUCAUUGUCCUACAAGCACAAACCAACACGCAAAAGGUUGUCAGACUUCCAGCAGUUCCUGAUGUCCUUGGCCAGAAGGUGGGGCGGACGGAUGAUGGAAAGCCUUGUGUGGAGUUUAAUGCCACGCUGGGAAGCGUCGCCAACUAUGCGAGUACCACAGUGAGAAUACGCUCCCUGUUCAGUGACGGCUCAGUUUCAGAUUUCAGCCAGGCUGAUGAGGUUCUUCCUGUCUGGCCUAUGGCGUAUACCACCCCUGCUCUGCUCUCGCGCAACUAUGGCAUUCCCAUGCACGAACCUGUUCGCCAUCCUCGGAACAGCAUUUCCGUCGCAGAGUUCCUUGGCCAAUAUUACAACCCAGAGGACCUCGAAUCCUUCUUCAAGCUCAUGGGCGUACGUGCAUGGAGCACGAAAGAGAAGCUUCAACUGAUCGGCGAGAACCUGCCGAUGGCAGGGUCCGUUCUGGGAGGAGAGGCUCAGCUUGACAUCCAAUACAUCACCGCCUUGGCUUCCAAUGUCUCGGCGCUCUUUUGGAGCGUUCCAUCUAUUGAGCUGGCCACAAGACAGGAGCCGUUUCUGGAUUGGCUCAUGCAGCUGGAGGACACCAGUGAUCAGGAGAUGCCCCUGGUUCAUUCCGUGUCCUACAGCGACGACGCGCUGACCAUGCCCUUGUGGUUCAAGCAGCGCAUCAAUGCGGAGUUCAUGAAGCUGGCCUUGAGGGGCAUCACGAUUCUUGUGGCCAGUGGCGAUGAUGGUGUCAGUGGAGGCUUCGUGGCCAAGUAUGGCAAGAAGUAUUGCGGGACCAACCGCGAGGAGUUCCCUUCUUCUUCUCCGUGGGUUACUGCGGUUGGCGGCACCCAGCUUGCUCAGGAGAAUGUCCCGGUCUGCGGCUACACAUCUGGAAAGGUAGUUGUACAGUGUCCCCAAGAUGGAGAGGUGGUGUGCACGUCCGACAAGGGUGGUGGAAUCACCUCUGGGGGAGGCUUCUCCGCCGACUUCCCACGUCCGUGGUACCAGCAUGAAGCCGUGGAGCACUACCUGAACCAAGAGGAUGGCCCAGUGCCAGACCAGGAUGUGCUGAAGUUUAACCGAUCCGGCCGCGCCUACCCAGACUUGGCAGCCAUCUCCAGCAACUACCUCGUUCUGAUGGGCGAUGACCUGCAACCGACUUCCGGCACUUCCGCCUCGACCCCACUGAUUGCUGCCAUGGUAGCACGCUGGAACGAAGACCGCCUCAUGAACCGACUGCCCCCGUUGGGAUUCCUCAACCCCCUGAUCUACCAGAUCUUCUCCAAGCACCCCAGCGCCUUCAAUGACGUGCAGAUUGGAGACAACCGCUGCUCAAGGUCCACCUGCUGCGACGUCGGCUUCCGCGCAGCCCGAGGCUGGGAUGCUGCCAGUGGAGUGGGCACGCCACAGUUUAAGACCAUUGCCGCGAUUCUGCGUGAGGAGGCGCUCCUGGCAUUUGGUGGCCGCUUCGGGCGGAUGGCCCCGAUUGCCAUGUCUGAAAGCACUUCAGGAAGCGGCAUGGGAGGCGACCUUGCCUCGGUCGGCUUGAUCCCUCUCUUGGCGUUUCAGUCUCUGGUGACUGGACUCGCCACCUUGGCGGCUGUUUGGGCCUGCGGCCACUGCGGACGCCGGGGCUCGGGAAGCGCCGAAGCACUGGGAGCAAGACGUCCGCUGUUGAGCGCAGCGUGA